UUCUCGUUCAUUUCGAAGCAGCGCGAAGAAAGAAGCACCAUGAUGAGGCGGCUUCUCGGCAACUUCCUGCCGCUCCGCCGUCGGGGCGCCGUUUCCUUUCUGCAUCUCAAUGUGUUGGGGAGCUUUUGGAGAAGAUCCCAAACUGUAGCUUUGAGCCAUGCAUACAGCACAGAGGGAGGGAGCACUCCUAAAUUGACUUGGCGCUAUCCAAUACCUAAUAAGACAGAUUUGCCAUACGAUAUAGUGGAGCUCAUGGAGGAAAUAGAAGUAAAGACUGGGUUUUUGCCCAAUGUGUUCAAGAUGAUGUCUCAUCGACCAGCAGAAUUUAGAGCAUUUUUUGCUUAUUACAAUGCUAUUAUGAACAAGGAGUCAGGGAACCUAAGCAAAGCUGACAAAGAGCUUAUUAUUGUCGCUACGAGUGUUGUUAACAGGUGCCCCUAUUGUGUGAUUGCACAUGGUGCUUUACAUCGGAUAUAUUCUAAAAAGCCAACUUUGGCAGAUCAGGUCACAGUGAACUGGAAAAUGGCUGACCUAAGCAAUCGAGAGCUGGCUAUGCUUGAUUUUGCACUUGCUGUCUGCCGUGCAGAUAAUAUCACUGAAGAGCACUUUCAGAAGCUAGAAGCACAUGGGUUUAACCGUGAAGAUGCCUGGGACAUAGGUGCCAUAUCAGCCUUUUUUGCCAUGUCUAACCGCAUAGCUCACUUCACAGAUACGCAUCCCAACCCAGAAUUCUAUACUAUGGGAAGAAUACCUAGAGAAAAAGAGAAGACACAGUCCUCCUAAAAAGCUUCCUGGUAUCCAGAUCUUUACAAGGAUGUUGAGCUCUUGACACUGAGGCCAAUCUUUGCUAAUUAAUGAUUGGAAGGCACAAGGUCAAAAUAGCAGGCAUUGGUUGCAUUGGGAAGGGAUGUGCACUUCACUUUCUAUUGUAAAAUACCUUCAAGGAGUGUUUCAGUGGGGUCUGUUGAAAUGAGAUGUUGCAAGAUAUGGUGAGAUCAGACAUUUCUGUUCUGCUUUUUUAUUGUAACUGAUGAAAUACUGUGAUUUGUCAACUGCAGGAUUAACACGUUUAUUAUAGCUGUCAUUCAGCUUAACAGGGCUGGGCUAAAGUUUUGCAUAUACAAGUGUUGCACCUAUUCUUGAAUGGGCUGUGGUAAUCUCUCAGAGUGCUCUUGCAAGAGGCGCAUCUGUGCGGAGAGAACGCUCUCAAAUGUGGUCUUGUUCCUCCAGUGUGAGAGAUAAUUUUGAUGGGUUUUGUGAUCAUGAAAGAACUUAUGAGACUAUCUGAAGGGCCCUUCACAUAUUAUUUCAAAAAACAUGUACACUUUAAUGUAUGAACAGUGACCUGGGUGUCUCUUUCACCCAGUAAUAUGCACCCGCACUGGGAAGCUGAUAUUAAUGUUUGUGAUUACUUCUGAUGUAGGCAAAAAGAGACCUUUGCAAGAUACUCAUUUCUCCUCUGGAAAAACAAGCAGCUCAGCAAAUCUAAACAAAACUUCUGUGGCUUGUUCUUUCCCAGGAAGGAUAGUGCAGCCCUCUGCUUCCAUGGUACUAGCACUAGGCACAAAACAAUAUACCCCCACACUUGCAUACUGGAAGUAGAUAGGACUAGCUUUGCUGCCAAUGAUUGUGUUGGCUGGGGGCAGAGGGAGAACCUGUAUUUAUUUUAAUUGUUGGGAUUAAAAAUUGUUGGAAUAAAUGCACACCAGCAUUUAAGAAGUCAAAUGCACAGCACUGGGGUGGUGAUAGGGGAGAGUGAGUGCAGAUAGGUACAUCUGGCAAGCAAUUGUAAAAGAUGCAGGACAACAGAGAAGGGAGCCUCCUGGUAAUGAUGUCAUCGGGCACAAAUAGACACCUGUGGUGGUGCUACUACUGCAGCCUAAUACGCUGACUAUAAAAAUCACCGUUUCCUGUUAAUUAUCAUUUAACAAUCUGAUGGCCAACAGUGCUGGGUUGAUGUUAGCUGGAGGGAUGUGUAAUAUUGAGCAUGGUCCUCUUGGGAGAAAGUGAGCGCUAGGCUUUUUUAAAAGAAUGGAAUAAAAACAGAUUGUUAAUGUUAAGCUAAGGAAUACAUAUCAAAGUAUUUCCUUAACCAUUACAUAAACUGGACUUGGACAUUUUCCUAGCAAAAUAUUAGCAAGGAGAAGUGGUUUGUCAAACUCUGGGAAAAUGUCCUUGCUUGAUGCUGCUUGGAGAGGAAUGGGGGAAGAAAUUCUAAAGACAAAAUGAGUUUUUCCUACAAACAAAAGUAACUUUUUUUUGGUCUGUCUUUGGACUUUUACAGUUUGCUCGUUCAAAGUGCUGUCCCUAUAAGUCUGCUAAGGACAAAAUUGCUUUAGUGAGUGCAUGCCAGCGCGUUUCUCCUGAAUGGGUGAACAAGCAACCAUUCUUAUGGAUAUGUAAGUUUGUUCAACUGAGAAUGUUACAACAAAUAACUUGCACACAUGCAAUACAUUAGGGUUUUUUGCUGGAAUCUGUGAUUCCAACAAAAUAUGAGUAUACCAUCCCUCCAAUGCCACUCAGAGGUGGAUGCUCCCAGUGAGCAUCCAGCUCUGUAUGGUACCUGCCAUUUCCAUGCAGCAGGGGCAGUCACGGCAACCAGAGGUGUGUGGAGAUGCUGGGAGGGUAUGAUGAGGAUGGUACUGCAUGGAGCUGGCCACGGCGGGAAUGGCAAGUACUGUGUGGAGUUGGCCACACUGAGUGCUCCUGCUUCCACAUGGCCCGGGGAGUGGGAUGGCAUGCUUUUGCUGGAAUUGGCGAUUCUGACACACAGGCCUAAUAAAAAUCAGUCAUUAAUAACAACCCAAGUGGUGUAUAUGAACAAUAAUGCACAUGACUCUUGAACAUGUCCUUACAAUUUAUUUUAGAUCCUGAUAGGAAUUAAAAUGUAGCUUUAACAAGACUGAAAACAAAACAUGCUACAUUGGGUAUAAUGGAACUAUUAAUUCCAUUCUAGGUGGCAUAAAACUUUCAGUCUAGUUGUCCAAGUAUGUGUCUGCUACAGAAGGGGCAGGCAUUAGGUAGCAUAGGAGCUACUGGUAGCCCCUGGACCUCUGAAGUCGCUCUCCUGGCAUUUGAUCUGGCUUGUACCCUCCCCUUCCAGACAAUACUGCAGAUCUGGUCAGCUGUCCGAGUGAGGGCCUGGCAGCACCAUUUUAAUAUCUCUGCUUUGGGUUGCUUUUACUGUUUUCCAUUUAUUUAUCUCCAGUUUCUUCCCCUACAAAGCAGCGUGGCUUGCUUCCUUCCUGUCCUACUGUAAAAUUCUGGAAUUCAGGGGUUUUAUUGUUCAAAUCUGUUUUGUACAAGCCACCAUUUUGUGACUGGAUAUGCCAAGCUACUAUUUCAUAGUUGUAACCCCCAAGGCUCUGCACACUACCCCCCCCAAAAAAAGUAGCUCCCAGAAGCCUUAAGCCUACCCAUCCUUGUGCUGUAGCAAGUGACCAAAUUUUGAAAGAAUGUAUACUUAGUCAUUGAAAAGGAUAGUGUGAUAGCUCAUUUCUUGUUUCCUCCACAAAUAUAAAAUCUCUGCUCUGUUGGUCCUUUGUACACCUUCUCAGGAGCAUUCUGUCUGCAUAGUUUGUAACCAUAAAAAUGUUAGCCGUUGCCUAAGGCUGGCAUUCCAGAGCUCUUCUAAAUAACUAGUAUGUCUCAGCUAGGGUUUCUUUUGAUUGGGUGUUCAACCAUUUUUAUGUAUAUGUAAGCUCGUUUUGUUUAGAUGAGAAAGUUAAUCUGAAUGUUUCCUCAACACAGGCAAGGAAAGGUGAACAAGCAUUUUUUUCUGACGGAACAUGAUUCCUAGGUCUUUGUCAUGCAACUUCUAAUCUUAAUUUGUCAAAAAAUAUAACCCUUUCCCCCAGAA